AUGGCUGGAUCUCGUUUGUUCCUUCGCUCCUCUAACCUUACGCACUCACUAUUGCAAACAGCUUCUAAUGCACGGCUAUCCAAUGUCGCUGCUAGGAAGUUCUCUGCUCCCUCGGCUCCGCUCAUGAAAGAUGUGAUUUUGGACUUGUACGUGAAGGAAAUCAAACAAUACAAACCCUCGCUAGAGAAACUGGGAGCUGAAGUUGGUGCGGCGAAAGAUUUGCACAUGCCAUCACCACAAGAGCCUCCCGUGAUCGACGAAGAUUAUUCAACGCAAUUGGCGUCAUAUGAAGUUGACGAGCCAGAACCAGAAGCGGCUGCUUUUGAGACGCUCUUGGAGAAUGAAUUAUUGGCCGGUUUGGAAGAUCGACCAUCUUCUCUUGACACUCUUUUCACCCCGCCUCCAGCUCAUUAA